UGAACAGUCAGUGUUGUAACGUUACUGUUUCGGUACCAGAGACUCCGCAUGGCCGCAGCUCUAAUCUAAUCGUCGUCAGGUAUUUUCAGGGUUACUAGUAGUAUGCAGCUGGAACGGGUGCGGUACUAGUACUGUAGUACUGUAGUACGAUCUGGACAACGGAAGAGCUGACCAUUCUUGAAUGGGCGUGCAUCGCCAAGUCAGUGAACGAAGACGAGCGUUCAACCCGUGCUGCUACUCUGCGUUGCACCCAUUCAGCUCUGGCUGCCCCCAAACUCUCUAUCUUUCCGCUUCAGCUAACCCAACUCCGUGCAACUGCUGUGCGCACAUCGGACCAAUCUGGGAAACAUCCGCUGACCACUUGGAGCGGCUAAGCACCCACUGAGCUAGCGUGGUCGCAUGAUCACAGACUGACCAUCAGAAACGAUAAUUUUUGUGAAAAUAACCACGUCGAGCAAGGCUGUAAAUCAGCCGCCGGUGUGCUAGUCGAUUCGUGAAGGAAACCGGCUGCUUCACACAGCUCAGAUUGUGUUACGUUCCAAACUCUCGAAAGCCUGCCUGCUGCUUGCAGCGACAGCCGGUCAAUUGGGUGAAGGUGUAGUGGAGGUUUGGCUGAGUACUCCAUACCGGUGUUGGUGGACUGCUGAGAGAAGACGAGCCAGCGGCGGUUGUGUCGUAUAAUCUCUACGUCUUCACGUGAAAGAAAGUAGCCGAAUCUGCUGGACGCCGGAGUGUUUCGCAUGAUUGUACUCCAGCGGAGCGCAGCGGUGGCAACGAACUAAUCCGCGGGGGUGGGAGGAGGAUGGCUCAGGAGAUGGUGAAAACCGGUUACCUGACGAAGUCCCCGCCGCAGUCAACCACCAGCAUAUCGUUCAAGAACUGGAGACGGCGAUGGUUUGUGUUGCUAGAUUCAAGCAAAGCGUUUCCAUUAGCUCCCAGACAGGUGCGUCUAGAAUAUUAUACCGACGAAACCAGCGCAAGCCAUUGUGAAAAACCGAAAGGUGUAAUAGACCUUCGGGAUUGCUCCGGCGUGGUGGCCUCAGCCAAGGAGAUACGCGGCCACAAGAACGUCUUCAACGUGGUCACCAAGCGCCGCUGUUAUCAUCUCAGUGCCGACACGGUGGCGGACAAGGAGAAGUGGGUGUUUGAGCUUCAACGAAUUGUCAAUGACUGCAAGAAGCCGACACAAUACGGCAUGACAACAGGCCAGUUUGCAUCAUCUGUCACUCGCGAUGACACUGUACUGGCUAUACCGAAGCUCAUUCCACCAGCGGCACCAGCGAAAAAGAUGAAAAGAACAAGAUCGGAUGAACCAACGUUACGAGCAGGAUCUCCAAGCAAAGGGAGUUCGGCAAACCCGUCGCUUACGUAUGAUGAGGACUGGGAUUCUGAUGAAGGGGAGACUGCUGGUCCUAUGUCAGUACAGUCAAUGUCCAGUUUAUCAUCCGACGAUGGUUUCGCAUCGCCAAGAAGUGGCGGAGGAACACCUUCGCAUACGUUUGGACGAGGUCAAAGUCCCAUUUUUUCCGCAAGCCUCUCUGAACCGAUGCGGUUUGGAACAGGCGAGUAUGGUGGGGACGUGGACGACGGCAUUCCCGACUAUAAGAACAUAGGGGACGGAACUGAUGACGGAAUUCACGACUACUACGAUUACGAGCACGGCGGCGCUCAGCCGGACGAAACUGAAGACGGCAUUGACGACUACGAUGAUACGGAUGAAAUGCUGCUCGAUGAGACAGAAGAUAACAUACAAGAGUAUUCGAAUCUGGACGAAGCAGGACAGCAUAUGAAAGACACGGAUGAUGGCAUAUUUGACUAUGCUGACGUUGCCUUUCCGAUUAGUCAACAAGCUCCGGGGAAAAAUCACGCGUCCAUGCCUCAUCCCGCGCCCAAAGGUGCGUACGUCAAUAUUGAGGAUCUCGUCGGCUCCGCAACUGCAGGAGCAUCUAUUCGCAGUCAUGGCUCAGCAUCAGCAUCGAUUCGUAGUCAUGGCUCAGCAUCAGCAGCAAGAAGUCGCCCGGGCUCCUUUGGUGAAGCAGACUCAGAUCCCCUACUGCUAGUACAGAUGCCAGGAACCGUGGCCAGUUUUGGGCAAGCGCCAUCCAACGGCUUUAAUGGUUCUUAUGGUGAAAGAGGAUUGUACAAAACUAAUUCCGCGGGUUAUAUCAAUUUGCCUCCCAAUCCCAAUUCUAGUCGUCCAAGCAGCAUGCAGCGUCCAGCUUCAGUCGAAGUAUCUGCAAGUGCCGGUAGACCACCCGCAGUACCUAGGAAGAUGGGUAGCAGCAUUAAGUCGUCAUCUUCGUCUCAUCUUCCACAGCCUAGCAGUAGUAGCUUUAGUGCUGGCAAUGGUGCUCACAGUCAACGUCCACCUCCGAAAAGCGCUCGUCCGAAACCAAAUCCAGCUGCAAAGCCUCAGGCGACACCCAAACCUCUGGCGACACCCAAACCUCCUCAGCCUGCCAGUAAACCAGUAGUCCGCCCUCGACCACAUAAUUGAUAUCACCGUCCAUAUAUUUCAGCUGGAAGCAGCGUCUCCUUGAGUGCCCAAUGCCUAUGUUACAAAUGUACAUAUAAUUGAUUGCAUUGUGUUCCCAGUCAAGCAAAUAGCAGAAUGCCUGCGGUAGUGCGCAAUGUGUAAAUUAUUCUUGCCCCGGAGAGUUUUACGAGAGUAUUCUUUUCUUUUUGUGCCCAAGAAAUGCGAAACGCAGUAUAUUCCGAAUUGACACGGUCCGGACUUUUCUUUUCCUUCCCACCCAGACACGAGGUGUCGUUGCCCAUGCUUUCUUUUACAAUGUAUGCUUACACUGCCAUAACCGCAUAUC